AUGCCGCUCAACAACGCCUUUACUCAGUCUACUGCUGAUGCCACCGUCUAUUAUGACUUUGGCGACGCUUCAGAUGCUACGAUCAUCCGAGCUUCAGACACCACUAUGGGUAUGGAGGAAAACGAAGUGGAGGAUAUCCUGAACGACCUUGCAACGCCUUCUAUCAGCAACGGGAACCCAACUACUAUCAACACUAUUGGUAAUCCUCCAUCGCCAACAGACAGUCGCCCCGAAACACAUAUGUUUCAACAAUCCUUACCAUCGAGUCCCCUUCGCGCGAGAUUCAGUAACCUUGUUCUCCAGGCCGGUACCCCUCCACCCGUAUUGCAUCUGUUCCCUGAACUAAAGAGGGAUGACCUUAUACGUAUCAUGUCACACCAGCUGGAGGCUAGAGACCUCCACAGACUGCAACCAACCAUUCACUCCGAUGGUAGCCCCGACGUCGGCGAGAAUAUCGAAAACGCGACUUUCGAUUCGCUUUACUUGUUACUCUUAAGAUACUUUGAGAUCGUCUCAAUGUACUUUGCCCAAGACUACCUGAUCACCCUAGCCUUCUUUGAAUUCCUUGCCCAUUUCCAGAGCAUCUCGUCCAAGUAUGAAUGGCCAGCUGUGCGUCAAUACACCCUUUCCUUCUUUGAUUGCCGUCGAGUGGAGAUGUACGACUCUAAUGACUAUUCCGGAUGGUUACGCCCUGACGAGGCGCUCUCCGAGAAGUACCUUGUAGGUCAUGAAAAGGGCGGUGCACUGUCGUUGGUAUCGUCGACAACUAUUUCCAUCCCCGAUACUGCUCCCCCUCAAGUAGUUCCCCAACCGACGAAUGUUAAUAACUCAGACGAAGCAUCGCGCAAAGCUACGUUGUUUAUUGGGUUUUUAUGUAGCUUCGUCGGGUUAAUAUUGGCGGCAAUCGUUAUGAUCCCAUUCUCACUGGCUCGACUCCUAUUUACUUCCAACAAAGGGGCUGAAAAACGCCUCGAGGAGACUGUGAAAGAAGAAGAAGAGAGCUUUGACUUUUAUGAUUGA